GGGGCCAAAGGGACACAGUAUGGAAGGGGGAAAAUGAAAAUCCCAAAUCAGAAAAAAAUUCGAAUUUGUAGCAGCAAACUCUGAAACCCUAAUAAAUAAAAUUCCUGUUCUCCUUAAUCUCAAAAACUAACAGCGAUUCGCAGCGAGUACGUUGAAAAUUUCAACUGUUGUUAUCAGAAGACUCUAAAGAAUGUUCUCAAUUUCAGCCAUUAACGAUACAGACUCAAAAAACCAAUGGCAACCCCUAGCCCCAACCAAAGAAGCCCAGGAAUUUCAUUUAUCACAAAUGUAUCAUGAUGGACUUUUGAAGUUACAAGCUAAGGACUAUGAAAAGGCCAGGAAUCUUUUAGAGGCGGUGUUAAAAGAUCCACUCGUAUCAAAUGCUCAGGUGGAAAAUAGUGCUAAAGAUGGUCACCUUUUACAGCUCAGAUUUUUGGGGCUGAAAAACCUUGCUACUGUCUUUCUUCAAGAAGGCCCUACCAAUCAUGAGAGUGCUUUACGCUGCUAUCUUCAAGCCGUAGAGAUUGAUAGCAAUGAUUAUGUUGUCUGGAACCAGUUAGGAACGCUAUCAUGCUCCAUGGGAUCAUUAGGCAUCUCCCGUUGGGCAUUCGAACAAGGGCUGGUUUGCAGUCCGAACAACUGGAAUUGCAUGGAGAAACUAAUGGAAGUUCUCAUUGCUAUUGGUGAUGAGAUGGCGUGUCUUUCUGUUGCAAACUUAAUUUUACGGCAGUGGCCAUCUCACCAUCGUGCUUUGCAUGUCAAAAAUACCAUUGAGGAGCCUGAACCAAUCCCAUUUGCUCCAAAAGGUAUAGAUAAGCUCGAACCAGAACAUGUUCUUCUAAAAUUUGGUGAGAAGAGAAAAGCACCAAAUGAGGGUAUAGACAAGGCAAUGGAAUCUAAAAGAUUGAAGGAAAGCAUAGAACUUCAACUUCCAGAAGCCUCCUGGACAGCUCUUGCCAGCGAACUACAGGAAAUCUUAUGUCCAUCAGUGGCAACUGGUUCUGAACCAAGGACUGGGGGGUACAGAUCUGGGCAUGUUAGAAUAAGUAUACAGUUGAAUCUUUCUUUAGGAAAUGUGAGGAGUUCUGUGGAAAGGAAAGAACCUAUAUGCAUGACAGCUGGUACAAGCAUUGCUGUCAGUAAUUGUAACUCUGGAAAUGACAGUACUAUAUAUAAGGAAGGGGCCAUAUUUGAAGAACAACCUCUGGAGAGACGAAGCAGUCGACUUAGAAGUCGUAAACCAGGUAAAGAAGUAUCAGAUUUUGCUUCCAAUAAGGAUUUAGUUAAAGUGGUUAAGCAAUUUCUAGAACCUUAUUUGGUGGGCAGUGCUGGACCUAAAGAAUUCAACCAUGAUGACCAUCCCUUUUCUGUUAACUGUGCUGAAGGUGUUUCCAGUUCGCUGGAUAAACAGUGUACUGAUGUCAUUAGAUUUAUUGAGAGAACUUCAGAAAACUUUGGUGCUUACCAUAUGAGUCACUUGCUUUUAGAGGAAAUUACAAAUAUAGGCAUUUCAUAUCAGGUUUCCAAUUCUAAAAUCUUGGACUUGGAGAAGUUGACUAGGCACUGUGGACUGGAUAGAACUCCUGAAUGCUGUCUUUUUCUUAGUGAGCUAUAUUAUGACUUUGGGAUACGUUCUUUGGACUCAUCUGCAAUGUCUGAAUUCAUGUCGGAGGCAUCCUAUCAUCUUUGUAAAAUUCUUGAAUUUGUAAGUCUUGAAUAUCCGUUUCAUAUUAUGGGAAUGCAAGGGAAUGAAAAUUGCUUUUUGGAAGAGAAUUCUGAACGGAACCAUCGAUUAGCAAUUGACAGUACAUCUUCUUUGAGGAACAACUAUCCCUUCUGGGUACGUUAUUCUUGGUUAAGAGCACACUUGUUUUUAUUAGAUGGCGAGAAAGAAAAAGCUCGACGACAUCUUUCAUUUGCAUUGUCCCUUCUAGCGGACAAGAAAAAAAUGAACAACUCUCUUGGUUCUAUUUGCUUGCCACACUGCAAGGCUAUUAAAAGGCUAACCACUGAUAGGGUUCUCCAUGAGAUGAAUUUAAUAGAGGCAGAUUACUUGUUGAAGACGACUGUAACUGAGAUGCUUGAGAAACAUAUGUAUACAGAAUGUGUUAAUUUGCUUACUCCUCUUCUAUUAUCUGCAAAUGAUGUCCAUGUCGAUGUAUUAUAUGCCUUUAAUCAAGAAUGUAAAGGAUUUAAGUCAGUUGAGCUAUCUGCAUUAGAUGCAUUGAUCAAAGCAUGUGAACAGGAGGAAUCAAUGAAUGUUUCUAUCUAUUUAGAUUGUCAUAGAAGGACGCUACAGAUACUUGUAGCUGGAGCUGGUGUGGAAGGCAUUACUCCCAAUGAAACACCAGUUUCAAAUGCAUCCUCAACUGAAUCAACAGAAAGCCUCUGCAAGCACUGGAAUCAUUUGGUUGCUGAAGAGGUGAAGGCAAUAUCUCAAUCUGCAUCGCGGAUCAAGAGCACCAUCAGUCCUAUUGAAAAUUCGAAUUGCAUUCCUAUGACAAUUGUGGGUGAUAUUCAGUCUUUGCUGCUGGCUCUUAUGUGCAGUAUUGCUGGUACAUACUUCUCUAAGAUGACCUCUGGCUCUGGUCCUGGAUUUCCACAUUCAAUUGAGCAAACUGAAAUAUGCUCCUUUGUGGAUGCUGCUAUAGCUUUCUGUAAACUUCAACACUUAGAUUUCAGCGUUCCAAUCAAAACUCAAACAGAGUUGAUUGGAGCAAUCCAUGACAUGCUUGCUGAGUUUGGCAUCUGUUGUGCGCAUGGGAUUGGUGAAGAAGAAGGGACAUUCUUAAAAUUUGCAAUAAAGCAUCUUCUAGCCUUGGAUAUGAAGCUUAAAUCUAACUUCCAAACUUUGAGUAAGGAACACGAAACAAAUUCUGCUGAGCAUUGUUCACCUGAAAAUCAGCUCAAAAAAUCUGAACUGCUUUCGGAUGGUAUUCACAUCAAUGGAUCUCAAAAUAGAUCACAUUUCAAUACUGCGGAAGUGCAAACUGAUGAUAAAGCUGAAGCUAGCGAUUCUGGAAAGGAUGUUGGAAGGUUGAGUUCAGAAGGCCUUUACUGUCAUACAGCUGUAGAUAACGGGAAAAUGAAAGCAGAAACUGACAAUAAUGCUGGCGAUGGGCUUGGUGUCCUGUUCCAAGAAAGAGAAAUACAGAACAAACAAAUUGUUGAAUCAGGAGAUGAUUCAAUGGAAAAUGAAGAUGAGGAACUUGAGCUGGGUAUAGAUACUGCCUUGAAUCAAUGCUUUUACUGUUUGUAUGGUUUAAACCUUCGGUCAGAUUCGUCUUAUGAAGAAGAUUUGGCCAUGCACAAAAAUACAAGCCGUGGAGAUUAUCAGACCAAGGAACAGUGUGCUGAUGUUUUUCAAUAUAUACUUCCCUAUGCGAAAGCUUCAUCUAAAACUGGGCUAGUUAAACUUCGGAGAGUACUGAGAGCCAUACGCAAACAUUUUCCACAACCACCUGACAAUAUUUUGUCUGGAAAUGCAAUUGAUAAGUUCUUAGAUGAUCCUGACUUGAGUGAAGACAAGCUGCUGGUGGAGGCUCAGGGCUUUCUGGAUUCCAUUAAGAAAGCAUCUUCAAUAGAGAGAUCUGAACCUUAUCUGGAAGUCUAUAGCAACUUGUUCUAUCUUCUCGCACAGUCUGAGGAAAUGAGUGCAACUGAUAAAUGGGCUGGCUUUGUUCUGACUAAAGAAGGGGAAGAAUUUGUAGAGCAAAAUGCAAAUCUCUUCAAAUAUGAUCUAUUGUACAAUCCUUCUCGUUUAGAAAGUUGGCAGAGGCUUGCAAAUAUCUAUGAUGAGGAGGUUGACUUGCUGCUAAACGACGGCAGUAAGCAAAUAAAUGUUUUGGGAUGGAGGAAGGAUGCUACGUUAGCUCAGAGAGUUGAAGCAAGUCGAAGGAGGAGUAAACGAUGCUUAUUCAUGACUUUGGCUUUGGCUAUGUCUGUAUCCCAACAGGGUGAGAUUCACGAAUUAUUGGCACUAGUGUACUAUGAUGGAAUUCAGAAUGUGGUGCCAUUUUACGAUCAAAGAUUCUCUGUACCCUCGAAAGAUGCAACAUGGAAGAUAUAUUGCCAGAACUCAAUGAGGCAUUUCAAGAGAGCCUUUAAACACAAGGGAGAAUGGUCUCAUGCUUUUUAUAUUGGAAAACUCUCUGAGAAACUUGGGUACUCCCAUGACGUAUCAUUCUCAUAUUACGCUAAGGCGAUUGCUUUGAAUCAAUCAGCUGUAGAUCCAUUCUACAGAAUGCAUGCUUCUAGAAUGAAGUUACUCUGCACAUGUGGGAAACAAAAUGAAGAGGCUUUAAAGGUCGUCACAGCAUAUUCCUUCGCCCAUUCAACAAAGGAAAAUGUAAUGAAUAUUUGGAGUAGUCUUGGCCAUGAAACUUCAGAAUCAUCAAUGAUCGAUGAGGAUAAUAAUUCUGAGACUGCAGACUUCCAUAAAUUUGAAGCUGCAUGGCAGCUGCUCUACAGUGAUUGCCUUUCUGCACUGGAAACUUGUGUGGAAGGGGAACUAAAGCAUUUCCAUAAAGCCAGAUAUAUGCUUGCCCAGGGGCUGUACAGGAGAGGUAGAACAGGGGAUCUAGACAAGGCAAAAGAGGAACUUUCAUUCUGCUUUAAGUCGUCGCGUUCUUCAUUUACUAUAAACAUGUGGGAGAUUGACAGUAUGGUGAAGAGAGGCAGACGCAAAACACUAGGUCCCUCUGGGAACAGGAGAACACUGGAAGUUAACCUAGCAGAAAGUUCUCGAAAAUAUAUAACUUGUAUUCGGAAGUACAUCUUAUUCUAUUUGAAAUUGUUGGAGGAAACAGGAGAAAUCUCUACUCUUGAUCGGGCUUAUAUCUCUCUGCGAGCAGAUAAAAGGUUCUCCUUGUGCCUUGAAGAUCUUGUUCCAGUGGCUCUCGGGAGGUACAUCAGGGCCUUAAUUUUCUCAGUACGUCAAUAUGGGAUUGAUUUGGAUAAUGCUAAUGAUGUUGAGCAUCUUCUGGAGAAAUUAUUCUCUCUACUGUUGGAGCAGAUCAACAUGUGGCCAGAGAUUUGCGGCUUGCCUGAGCUCUUGAGUCCAGAAUUAACUGAAAGCAACUUGUGUGGAUAUCUUUAUCAAUACAUCCAGUGGCUAGAGAGAAAUAUCAAGGUAGAAAUGCUUGAAGGAAUAAAUGAGAAGAUACGAAAGCGAUUGAAGAACCCAAAAUUGUCCAAUAGUAACUGUACUAUAGUGUAUCGGCAUGUUUCUGCUGCCUGGUGUCGGUCUCUUGUCAUUAGCAUGGCUCUACUUACACCUUUGCAUUUGAGGCUGUCUAGUGAUAUCCAAGUUCAAAAUUUAUUAGGUGGUGGAUUCGAAAAUGAGCAGCUGCUUUGUGUUGAUCUGCAAUCAGAAGAAUUAUGGAAUUCCGCAUUUGAGGACCUGACUCAUCUUAAGAUGCUUGAAUCCAAAUGGAAUCCUUCAUUGUCUAGGAUUAAGAAUGUAAUAGUCAAGAAAGUUUCAGAUGAAGAUUUGGAAACUGCUUUUUCAUUACUUAGGUCUUCUUACAAUUUUUACAAGGACACCUCAUGUGCAUUGCUCCCAUCGGGAAUAAACCUUUAUAUGGUGCCAUCUCAGCUGGCAACUGAAACGUAUAUCCAACCAGGGAUAGAUGGUGUCGACUUACUUGAUAUGAAUACUUCACGGAAACUUCUCUUAUGGGCUUACACACUUUUGCACGGCCAUUGCACAAGUGUCUCGCUUGUUAUAAAGUACUGUGAAGAGAAUUUAAAGUCGAAGAUGAAAAGAGGAACUGGAAUUUCAAGUACUCCUUCAAGUGCCAGUGUGGCCCCCGACUCGGCUUCUCAUCCAGGUGGGGGAAAAGAUGGAACUGGUAAAGCCAGUGAAUCUGAAGUUCCCAAGUCGCCUGCAGUGGACCUUACUUCAUUGCCUGAAUGCGCAGGCCAUAAAGUAGCAUCCUUGACUUUACCAGAGACCGAUUACAAACCGAAUUGGGCAUCUGCUGAAACUGAGGGCAAGGGUCAUGCACCAGAAACAGAGUGUGGAUGCAGCAGCGUCUCCUCAGGGCAGUUGCCUCUUCAUGGGAUCACGAAUUGGGCAAAUGGAGCAUCUGAUGCGAAAGAUAAGGCAUCUGCUACUCCAUGUCUACUUCCCUGCAACAAUCCUGUUGCAGAAUUGAGUAGUGUGGAUUUACAAAAUGACACUGACCCCAAAGAAGUUUGAUGUGUUUUGCCGUUAGUGGAGCAGCCGACCCUUGAAUCUUGGUGCGAUAAGCAUCUGUUUGUAUGUGUAUAACAAGGUCUGAGUAUCCUUGGGUCACGGCAAACUUGCAGGAAAGAGCAUGCUGCACCUUAUUCAAUAUUUCCUGCCCCUUUCUAAAUGUGCAUUGCAGUAGUAGUUAAUAUGCAGCUCUGUAUAUUUGCCUCAUCUAUCUGAGAAAGAGACAAGAUUUAACUAAAGAUCUUAUGGGUAUCAGCUUAGAAAUUUUGUGUAUUCUUGCUUGCAUUCUCUCUAAGCCAGUGUCGUGAAAUUCAUGCUUCAAUGGAAAUAACUGAUGCAUUGUGGAGUUAAAAGACGGGUCUGCUGAGGCAACCAUGGACGGAAGUACAUGGUUCAUGUCCACAUAAGUUUUUAAAUUUUUAUUCUUUUAUUUUUUAUUUCA